UCGUUGGCGGCUUCCCAGAAAGAAUGGGAGGAAGAGGCGGAGAUCGAGAGAUCCAUGAAGCGGCUCUCCUCGAAUCCCCUCUGAUCCAAAACCGAGAUCGCGAACAUGAACGCGACGACGACGGCGGCGAUGGUGGUGGCGGCGAAAAAUCUUCUCUCGGCUCGGCUCGAAGAGGAGACGAGAGCCGCGCGAUCAUAUUCGAAGAAGUGAAGAAGCAGGCAUGGCUGUCGGGGCCGCUGAUAGGAGUGAGCCUGCUGCAGUACUGCAUACAGGUGAUAUCCGUCAUGUUCGUGGGCCACCUCGGGGAGCUCCCUCUCUCCGGCGCGUCCAUGGCCACUUCCUUCGCUUCAGUCACCGGCUUCAGCGUCCUAUUAGGAAUGGGAAGUGCGUUGGAGACAUUGUGCGGCCAAGCCUAUGGAGCCAAGCAGUAUCACAUGCUUGGAGUUUACACGCAACGAGCUAUGCUUACGCUACUAUGCGUAAGCAUCCCUCUUGCAGUCGUAUGGCUCUACACCUCCGACAUUCUCAGAGCUUUUGGCCAAGACGCCGAGAUUUCCACGGAAGCGGGAAUUUUCAACCGUUGGAUGAUCCCAAGUCUAUUCGCAUAUGGCCUCCUCAUAUGUCUGAACCGGUUCUUGCAGACGCAGAAUAACGUCUUACCUAUGAUGCUGGGCUCUUUGGUUACUGCUUCUCUUCACAUGGUCUUCUGUUGGCUCUUCAUCUUUAAGCUUGGGCUAGGAACCAGAGGAGCUGCUUUGGCUAACACAAUUUCAAAUUGGAACAAUGUGAUUCUGCUGGCAAUUUAUGUGAAAUUCUCUCCCACUUGCAUCAAGACUUGGACCGGUUUCACGACAGAGGCCUUGCAUGACAUUGUUAGCUUUGUGAAGCUUGCUGUUCCUUCAGCAACAAUGAUUUGUUUCGAGUAUUGGUCCUUCGAGAUGGUUGUUCUUCUGUCGGGUCUUCUGCCAAAUCCAAAACUAGAGACAUCUGUGCUAUCAAUAAGCCUCAAUACUUGUUGGAUGGUCUACAUGAUCUCUGUCGGUCUCGGUGGAACAAUCAGUACUAGAGUGUCGAACGAAUUAGGUGCAGGCCAUGCUGCAGGUGCGCGCUUGGCAUUGCGAGUUAUGAUUGUCAUCGCGGUCACAGAGGGUGCAAUAAUUGGAAUCGUGACGAUUUUGGUACGCUAUGUUUGGGGGAAGCUAUACAGCAACGAAGAGGAAGUUAUUGAAUACGUUGCCAAAAUGAUGCCACUUCUUGCUCUCUCGGAUUUCUUGGACGGGUUCCAGUGUGUCCUUUCAGGGUCCGCAAGAGGAUGUGGAUGGCAGAAUCUCUGCGCUUGGAUAAACUUCGGGGCUUAUUAUGGUGUGGCGAUUCCUUGUGCCAUACUGUUUGCGUUUGGUUUCCACAUUGGAGGGAUGGGUUUAUGGAUGGGGAUCAUAUGCGGACUCUCUGUACAAGUCAUGGCACUUAUCACAGUGAAUGCAUGUACCAACUGGAAUCAGGAGGCAAAGAAAGCUGUGGAUAGAGCUGAAGCAGUAACGAGCACAUUCUGAUGAUGUACAAGAACAAAGACAGAUUUUCUAAAUAUUGGAAACUGGCUAUGUAAUAGUCUCUCUAGAAAAAGACAUCACUUGCUCUGCAUAUAGUAGAAUUAUAUUGAUCGAGUCAAACAAUUUUACAGUAUAUAAAUGAUGAUGUGUAGGUGAUUGAGUCAAACGCUUUUAAAAGUAUGUAUCAAAUAACUCUCAAUGUGAGGACGAUGACUUUCAUAGA